GAGGGGGAGAGGGGGAGAGGGAACAUCCGCUGCGGUGUAAGCGUCGAUGUGUUCGACUAUGAAAAACGGCUUGUUGAGUUCCAGCAUACCAUGCGCACAGACUCGAACAGGAGCUAGCAACCAUGCGGGAAAUGCACCCCAAAGGCUUGUGGACCACAUGUUUACAUAUAUGUUUACCCUGGUGGCAAUGGUGCCAGUGUGCCAGUCCUGAGCUACCCUUGGAGAGAGAGAAUAUUGUGAACUCCAAAAAACUUGGCAGCUUGCUUGUGAGAUUGCGAAGCAGAUCUUUGGUCAAUUCUGCGAACCUUUCCCGCUGCCAGCUGAGUGUCAGAGGGGUGCCACUCAGAGAUAUUUCUCAAUGGCGGUCUGAGGGCCAUGGCGCAGGCCGAGGAGGACGAUGAGGUUCUGUUCGACGCAGGCCAUGACGAGUCGCUGAAUCUCGCCGCGGCCAGGGAGGGAGAAUGCACGGAUGAUAACCAAGUGCUUUUCGAUGCAGCGACGGAGGCCUCCACGGGGACUACGGAGGAUUUCGAAGAGGAUCCCAGUGACGGCGUCCUGGGACCCUCGGAGCAGAUGCCGUUGCCGGCGUUGGGCUCGACGAAGCUGCCCUUCAAUGCACUAGCGGCCGCCAGGCAUACUUGCCAACUAGCCAGUCGGGGAGGGCAAGAGACCAUCGUCCCGCCCCACCUCCGGCGGCUGAUGUGGCUCCGCUGGCUCGGUGUCAUCCGAGGGAAGAGUCCUCGUGACUGGCUCCAGGAGCUUCGAGUCCACCGAGCUGAGUUCAAUCAGCUGCUAGCGGAGGCGGCUUCACCAUCGACGCCCCAAGAGACCAAGCUGCGGAAGCUGAUCCGUUUGGAUGUGGCCCGUUGCUUCUCAGAGGUGCCGCGGCUCCGGUGCGGCGCCGCGCGCGUGGCGCUGCGGCAGCUCUUGGAGGUGCAGCUGCGCAGGCGCCAAGACCAUCCUGCCUACUGUCAAGGCUACCAUGAGCUAGCAGCGGUGAUGUUGCUGGUGUGCAUGGAUGGUGCCUGGCCCGAAGCUGCGCGGGUGAAGGAGCAGCUGGGCCAGUCCAACGUGGUGGACGAAGGUGACCUGAAGGUCUACGAGGAGCUUUGCAGUGCCGAGUCGGUUCCUGCCGACGCGUUGGUCUUGCUUGAGGCGCUUCUUUAUGCAUCAUUGCGGGCGCCCAAAGAGCACCGCCUCGUGGACCUCUAUGAGCCCAGCAGCUCCUCCAACGGCGAGGAGGAAGCCGUCGUCGCCCUGCGCUGCCGCCGGAUCACUGCCGGCUUGAGACGGAUCGCCCCUGAUGUGGCCUACGAGAUUGAGAGUUGGGGCCUCACGCCUCAUGUGCUGUUGCUCCGAUGGGUUCGUUUGCUCUUCCUGCGCGAGCUGAAAUUUCCCUCGGAUGUGCUCAUAGCAUGGGACGCGAUCUUCGCCGAUGCCCAUUGUGCCAACAGUGAUGAGGCGGCGCCCGCGCCAGAAGGGGUGCUUCCCUCCUCGGCAGCCUUGCCCUUGGUUGACUACCUUGCUUUGGCGAUGAUUCUGGCAGCGCCUCCUUCCAAGCCAGAAGAGCUUUUGCACUUCAAUGAGCGCGCGCCGGAGGUUCGGAAGCUCCUGGCCUUUUCCUGGCAACUUCGGGACUUUGCGAACUCCAUGCCUAGACCAUCUGGGAUGCGUCGGCCGGGAGGCCGUCCGUUCCCACAGCCGCCGGCUGCCUGCUAUCCCAAGAUAGGUGUACAGAAACCUGCUCAUAGUGAAAAGGAUCACCGCUACAGCAUGGGCGACUCCAUGGGCGGCGAAGUCUUAGGUCACGCCUUAGGCUGGGCGGCCUCGCGGCUGUCCGGGGCCAUCGGAGGCGUGCUGAGCGCCGAGAAGUCACCACCCAGGACCAAAGAGAUCCAAGCAGAGCCCGCGGAGCCUCGACGGAACGGUCGACGCUCGAGCGACCCCUUGCCCGCUCCGCCCACGCCUGACGUGGCACCCAAGAGGAAGUACAGCUUUCCAGCCGAGAAGGAGUCGCCGUUGCUGUCUUACACCGAGCCCACCGAGCCCAAGGGUGCAGGCGAGCCGUUCUUUCGCGAGGCCGCUCCUCCGGCCGUUUCAGCCGCCCUCCGGCCGCCGUGCGCGCCAAUAGCAGCGCACCGAAAGCCUCGCGAGCGUGGCAACUCCGAUGAGACGGAUGUGAGCUUCUGGCCACUCUCGCCGGCGCUCUCGGAGAUCUCGCAGACCAGCUUGUCGCAGCCCAGGUUUAAGGGCUUGUUUAGUGCCAGCCCUUUGCCCGCUGGUGUCCGAGCGCCACCCGUGCGACAGGACGUCUUCACCGAGGGAAGAGGCUCUCAGGUACCAGACUCACCGCAGAACACCCCCGAGCCCUUAGAGCUGGCCAUGCUCGCACUGGAAGCAAGCUUCGAUGGGUUCAGAAAGCCGGAUCCGAGGCUUGUUGCCCUUCCCCAGAGUGCACGUCCCACCGGGCCAACCCUUUUGGGCCCCACUGGAGCCGGAGGUAGCGGGACCGGAGAACACCGAAGACCCGCAACCCAGCGAGCCAAGUGCCGAGGGGGUCAUGAAGGAAUUGGAGGCCCUACAGGCAAUGCUCCAAUCGAAGCCCGCAGCGGCUGCUUGAGAGGACAAUCGCUUCUCCCUUAGAUAACGUACUGUUCACUGGCAUUGGGCGUUUGAAGCAACGCUUGCGGGCUGGCAGUUGCCGCCCCUGCAGAUCUUUCUCAGAUGAUCUUCCAAAGUUGGUUGGUUGUUGGC